GAGAGACAGUCAGAACCGUGCAGGUGAGGGAGAGACAGACAGAACCGUGCAGGUGAGGGAGAGACAGUCAGAACCGUGCAGGUGAGGGAGAGACAGUCAGAACCGUGCAGGUGAGGGAGAGACAGUCAGAACCGUGCAGGUGAGGGAGAGACAGACAGAACCGUGCAGGUGAGGGAGAGACAGACAGUCAGAACCGUGCAGGUGAGGGAGAGACAGUCAGAACCGUGCAGGUGAGGGAGAGACAGUCAGAACCGUGCAGGUGAGGGAGAGACAGACAGAACCGUGCAGGUGAGGGAGAGACAGUCAGAACCGUGCAGGUGGGGGAGAGACAGUCAGAACCGUGCAGGUGGGGGAGAGACAGUCAGAACCGUGCAGGUGAGGGAGAGACAGCCAGAACCGUGCAGGUGAGGGAGAGACAGUCAGAACCGUGCAGGUGAGGGAGAGACAGUCAGAACCGUGCAGGUGAGGGAGAGACAGUCAGAACCGUGCAGGUGAGGGAGAGACAGCCAGAACCGUGCAGGUGAGGGAGAGACAGUCAGAACCGUGCAGGUGAGGGAGAGACAGUCAGAACCGUGCAGGUGAGGGAGAGACAGUCAGAACCGUGCAGGUGAGGGAGAGACAGUCAGAACCGUGCAGGUGAGGGAGAGACAGUCAGAACCGUGCAGGUGAGGGAGAGACAGUCAGAACCGUGCAGGUGAGGGAGAGACAGUCAGAACCGUGCAGGUGAGGGAGAGACAGUCAGAACCGUGCAGGUGGGGGAGAGACAGACAGUCAGAACCGUGCAGGUGAGGGAGAGACAGUCAGAACCGUGCAGGUGGGGGAGAGACAGUCAGAACCGUGCAGGUGGGGGAGAGACAGUCAGAACCGUGCAGGUGAGGGAGAGACAGUCAGAACCGUGCAGGUGGGGGAGAGACAGUCAGAACCGUGCAGGUGGGGGAGAGACAGUCAGAACCGUGCAGGUGAGGGAGAGACAGUCAGAACCGUGCAGGUGGGGGAGAGACAGUCAGAACCGUGCAGGUGAGGGAGAGACAGACAGUCAGAACCGUGCAGGUGAGGGAGAGACAGUCAGAACCGUGCAGGUGGGGGAGAGACAGUCAGAACCGUGCAGGUGAGGGAGAGACAGUCAGAACCGUGCAGGUGAGGGAGAGACAGUCAGAACCGUGCAGGUGAGGGAGAGACAGUCAGAACCGUGCAGGUGGGGGAGAGACAGUCAGAACCGUGCAGGUGAGGGAGAGACAGUCAGAACCGUGCAGGUGGGGGAGAGACAGUCAGAACCGUGCAGGUGAGGGAGAGACAGUCAGAACCGUGCAGGUGAGGGAGAGACAGUCAGAACCGUGCAGGUGAGGGAGAGACAGUCAGAACCGUGCAGGUGAGGGAGAGACAGUCAGAACCGUGCAGGUGAGGGAGAGACAGUCAGAACCGUGCAGGUGAGGGAGAGACAGACAGUCAGAACCGUGCAGGUGAGGGAGAGACAGUCAGAACCGUGCAGGUGAGGGAGAGACAGUCAGAACCGUGCAGGUGAGGGAGAGACAGUCAGAACCGUGCAGGUGAGGGAGAGACAGUCAGAACCGUGCAGGUGAGGGAGAGACAGUCAGAACCGUGCAGGUGAGGGAGAGACAGUCAGAACCGUGCAGGUGAGGGAGAGACAGUCAGAACCGUGCAGGUGAGGGAGAGACAGUCAGAACCGUGCAGGUGAGGGAGAGACAGACAGUCAGAACCGUGCAGGUGAGGGAGAGACAGACAGUCAGAACCGUGCAGGUGAGGGAGAGACAGUCAGAACCGUGCAGGUGAGGGAGAGACAGUCAGAACCGUGCAGGUGAGGGAGAGACAGUCAGAACCGUGCAGGUGAGGGAGAGACAGUCAGAACCGUGCAGGUGAGGGAGAGACAGACAGAACCGUGCAGGUGAGGGAGAGACAGACAGAACCGUGCAGGUGAGGGAGAGACAGUCAGAACCGUGCAGGUGGGGGAGAGACAGUCAGAACCGUGCAGGUGGGGGAGAGACAGCCAGAACCGUGCAGGUGAGGGAGAGACAGUCAGAACCGUGCAGGUGAGGGAGAGACAGACAGAACCGUGCAGGUGAGGGAGAGACAGACAGUCAGAACCGUGCAGGUGAGGGAGAGACAGACAGUCAGAACCGUGCAGGUGAGGGAGAGACAGUCAGAACCGUGCAGGUGGGGGAGAGACAGUCAGAACCGUGCAGGUGAGGGAGAGACAGUCAGAACCGUGCAGGUGAGGGAGAGACAGUCAGAACCGUGCAGGUGAGGGAGAGACAGUCAGAACCGUGCAGGUGAGGGAGAGACAGUCAGAACCGUGCAGGUGAGGGAGAGACAGACAGAACCGUGCAGGUGAGGGAGAGACAGUCAGAACCGUGCAGGUGGGGGAGAGACAGUCAGAACCGUGCGUAUAAGCUAUAUCUUGGUAAUGAGGGUGGUUAAGCGAUUCUUCAUAGUGCCAGUGAGUUGAAGUUGAUCGUCACCAAAUACAUCAGUUUAAUUGGGCCUAAAUGCUGCAAUAAAGUAUUGCAUAAAGCUUAUUUAAUGAAACCCUGGCUGUCUGUUGGUGUCCUAGGUCAAGGCUCUCCAACCCAGUUCCUGGAAAGCUACCUUCCUGUAGGUUUUCACUACAACCCCCGUUGUAAACUAACCUGAUUCAGUUUAUCAACCAGGUAAUUAUUUAGUGUUGGAGUGAGAACCUACAGGAUGGUGACGCUACAAAAACAGGGUUGGAGAGCCCUGUCCUAGGCAAUAGAUCACAAAGCAGCAUACCGCUAAACUUUUGGGAAAUGGCAAGUUCACGUUCUCAUCUAUAAACAGUCAAGUGCAAAUACUGUUCAGCUGCUCAAGUAGAUUGAGGGGCAUUGUUAUUAGGAAGGACAUCUAUGGAUGGAUCGCUAAAAUUAUGAUUAUGAUCACACUUUUUAAAAAUAUUAUGGGGAGACCUAUACAGUACAUUUGGCAGCCAAGCACGAGUUGUCAGUGUAGCGUAUUAUUUUCUAGACAUGAGGUAUAAAAUAAAAACAUCCAGGCUUCUGUCACAAGUCCAUUUAAUUACAGAGGGCAGUUUAGUUUUUCUGAUCAUGUAUGAAUCGUCCUCUGGAAUAACGCACAUGCUUGUAUAAUAAUUACAAAACCAACGUCAAGUAAUACCUGUCUGAACAGGGCUGUAACAUGGCAAAGAAUAGGCUUAUCAGUGUAGGGUGCUGCAUCAUCCCAUGGGAUCUGUCACGGCUGCACACAGCAGAAAUAUCACUGAAAUAUUCUAGUUCCUACACGUCACCUUCUAUAUUCAAACAAAAUAGCCCUCUCAUAGGCAGAUGGACAGUAUCAUUCUCAUGUCAGUCCUUUAAAAUGCAGAUGUUGUCUUCCUAGUAGGACUCCGUAGUAAUGAGGUAGGACUCCGUAGUAAUGAGGUAGGACUCCGUAGUAAUGAGGUAGGACUCCGUAGUAAUGAGGUAGGACUCCGCGUUCUCCUGCGUUGGAUAGUGGUCGCUGUCCGUGGUUCUGAAACACAUCAGUGUGGUUUUAAAUUGGCGCCUUUUCCUAGACCAAGUUGCGAUUGGCAUAAUGGCGUUGAGAACAAUGGAGGCAGCAGCAGAGGGAGGUAUUAAGGAAACAGCCCUUGACUUAUUUUCUAAGAAAAGUGAGGAGAGAGGAAACUCCAACUUAAUUAUGUCUAUAAUCAAUAUCCUAACUGUUAAUGUGCCGGGCUUUACGACUCAUCCAUAUGCUGUAUAUGUACAGAAAUGAGACAGAUCCUGCUUCUGUUGCCUGUUUGGUUGAUAGUCUACUGAUUCUGUGAGCACCAAUUCUCAUGCAACAAAUUCACAAAUGAGUCUGUUUUUAAUCUUUGCUGUAAUAAAGGCUUUACACUUUCUUCUUUAGACCAGCCUCUGGUAUUAUUUAUCAUUUAUUGUUCACAUUAGUGAUGCACCGAUGUGACAUUUUUGGCCGAUAUCCAAUAUUUUCCUUGCCAAAAAAAAAACAGAUACCGAUAUAAAAAUGUUUUGCGGCCUUUUAAGCACCCUAGUACUGUUAAAUAGUUGACACACACACAUGGACGCAGAGGUCUAACACGGAACUCAAACCGGCUGAGCGCGUGCAUAAAUGUAUUUUGUCUCCCCACACCAAACGCGAUCACAACACGCAGGUUAAAAUAUUUUUAAAAACUCUGAACCAAUUAUAUUAAUUUGGGGACAGGUCGAAAAGCAUUAAAUGUGUUUGGCAAUUUAGCUAGCUAAUAUGUCCUGGGAUAUAAACAUUGAGUUGUUAUUUUACCUGAAAUGCACAAGGUCCUCUACUCAGACAAUUAAUCCACACAUAAAACAAUCAACCGAAUCAUUUCUAGUCAUCAAAUUAAAUGUAUUUAUAUAGCCCUUCGUACACCAGCUGAUAUCUAAAAGUGAUGUACAGAAACUCAGCCUAAAACCCCAAACAGCAAGCAAUGCAGGUGUAGAAGCACGGUGGCUAGGAAAAACUCCCUAGAAAGGCCAGAACCAAGGAAGAAACCUAGAGAGGAACCAGGCUAUGUGGGGUGGCCAGUCCUCCUCUGGCUGUGCCGGGUGGAGAUUAUAACAGAACAUGGCCAAGAUGUUCAAAUGUUCAUAAAUGACCAGCAUGGUCGUAUAAUAAUAAUAAUAAUAAUAAUAAUAAUAAUAGUCAUCUCUCCUCCUUCCAGGCAUUUUCUUCUCUUGACUUUAUAAUGCUAUUGGCAAGUAGCUAUUUAUUUUCAUGAACUGAAGUUCAAUUUGAAUAGGUGAACAACAAGUGGCAACCUAGCUAAUACUUACAAGGAUUCCUAAAUCAUUGCUAAGAAUGAAAAUGACUGCAGUUCUUACUGGUCAUUGUUUUCAGGCUGGGUGUAUUGGUGCUAGCUAGGUACCUAGCCAACGCUAGCUAACCCAGAAGUUGCGGUCAAACAAAUGAUGCUUUAUUACCCACGCGGUAUUGUAAACACAUCGUACGUGUCUGGUGUUUGCUGACUUUUUUGUACAGCUCCUUAUUGUUAUCAUUGGUAGGCUUAGUAUAGCAGACUUGUAUAACCACCACCAAGCUUUAGGGCUAAGAGCGUAUCCUGUUUAGUCUUAAUACUGUAACUUACUUGGGCCUAAAUUUCAGUACUUGCAGUGCUUUCGGAAAGUUUUCAGACCUCUUGACUCUUUCCAUAUUUUGUUACGUUACAGCCUUAUUCUAAAAUUGAUCAAAUAAAAACAGAAUCCUCAAUUUACACACAAUACCCCAUAAUGACAUCACAAUACCCCAUAAUGAUGAAGCAAAAACAGGUACUUAUUUUUAUUGCAAAUGUUCCGUAAAAGUUUGGAUACCUACUCAUUCAAGGGUUUUUCUUUAUUUUUACUAUUUCAUACAUCAUAUGAUAAUAGAGAAGACAAUAACACAUUGCAUCGUGUAGUAACCCAAAAAGUUAUUUUAGAUUCUUCAAAGUAGCCACCCUUUGCCUUGUUGACAGCUUUGCACACGCUUAGCAUUCUCUCAACCAGCUUCACCUGGAAUGCUUUUCCAACAGUUUUGAAGGAGUUCCCACAUAUGCUGAGCACUUGUUGGCUGCUUUUCCUUCACUCUGAGGUCCAACUCAUCCCAAACCAUUUCAAUUGGGUUGAGGUCGGGUGAUUGUGGAGGCCAGGUCAUCUGAUGCAGCACUCCAUCACUCUCCUUCUUGGUAAAAUGGCCCUUACACUGACUGGAGGUGUGUUUUGGGUCAUUAACUUGUUGAAAAACAAAUGAUAGUCCCACUAAGGGCAAACCAGAUGGGAUGGCGUAUCGCUGCAGAAUGCUGUGGUAGCCAUGCUGGUUAAAUGUACCUUUUUAAUUAUAAAUAAAUCACUGACUAUGUCACCAGCAAAGCACCAUCACACCUCAAUGUGUCACGGUGGGAACCACACAUGCGGAGAUAAUUUGUUCACCUACUCUGUGUCUCACGAAGACACACAUUGGACCAAAGGACAGAUUUCCACCGGUCUAAUGUCCAUUGCUUGUGUUUCUUGGCCCAAGAAAUUCUUCUUCUUAUUGGUAUCUUUUAGUAGUGGUUUCUUUGCAGCAAUUUGACCACGAAGGCCUGAUUCACACAGUCUCAUCUGAACAGUUGAUGUUGGGAUGUUUGCUACUUGAACUCUGAAGCAUUUAUUUGGGCUGCAAUCUGAGGUGCCGUUAAUGAACUUAUCCUCUGCAGCAGAGGUAACUCUGGGUCUUCCUUUCCUGUGGCGGUCCUCAUUUAAUGAGAUGUCAAUGUUUUACUAGUACUGUAUUAGGGAUGAAACGGUUACCGGUUUCACGAUAAACCCCGGUAAAAUUCCCAGCGGUUAGUGUUACUGUUUCAAAUGUUAAUUAUCAUUAAAACCGUGUUUGAAAAACUCCCGGUAAAUACCGUCCAGCAUCAACCACCGUUAGCAACAGUCUGACGCAGGCGCAACGUGGCUUUUGUUUUGUGUGAAAACAUGGAGGAAGGCAGUGACAGCGCUCGGGACAUUUAUCAGCCUUCUAAGAGGACUACAUCUGAUGUGUGAUUGUAUUUUGGGUUUUUACAAGGGUGCUUGUAAAAAAAAAAAAUCUCUGCGAAAGGGGGAAACACUUCAAAUCUCUUGAGUCAUUUUUGUGACCAUCAUCCACUACUUUAUAGCGAAUGCAAGGUAAGUUCAUUUUUAGCUCAAUGCAUGAUGUGGGGACUUCGGAAUGGGGGAAAAUGUCAUGGUUUGUCUGUCUAACUUACUAAUAGCUUGUCAAUGUAAACUGAAGCUUUCAGUGGAACCCAGUCUUGUAAAAACACAACAGGUUCUGCUACUGUAUGUGUCUGCAGACUCUAUUCACCCAUUACACAACACGUUCUGCUACUGUAUGUGUCAUGUGUCUGCAGACUCUAUUCACCCAUUACACAGCACGUUCUGCUACUGUAUGUGUCUGCAGACUCUAUUCACCCAUUACACAACACGUUCUGCUACUGUAUGUGUCUGCAGACUCUAUUCACCCAUUACACAGCACGUUCUGCUACUGUAUGUGUCUGCAGACUCUAUUCACCCAUUACACACCACGUUCUGCUACUGUAUGUGUCUGCAGACUCUAUUCACCCAUUACACAACACGUUCUGCUACUGUAUGUGUCUGCAGACUCUAUUCACCCAUUACACAACAGGUUCUGCUACUGUAUGUGUCUGCAGACUCUAUUCACCCAUUACACAACACGUUCUGCUACUGUAUGUGUCUGCAGACUCUAUUCACCCAUUACACAACACGUUCUGCUACUGUAUGUGUCUGCAGACUCUAUUCACCCAUUACACAACACGUUCUGCUACUGUAUGUGUCUGCAGACUCUAUUCACCCAUUACACAACACGUUCUGCUACUGUAUGUGUCGUGUGUCUGCAGACUCUAUUCACCCAUUACACACCACGUUCUGCUACUGUAUGUGUCUGCAGACUCUAUUCGCCCAUUACACAACACGUUCUGCUACUGUAUGUGUCUGCAGACUCUAUUCACCCAUUACACAACACGUUCUGCUACUGUAUGUGUCGUGUGUCUGCAGACUCUAUUCACCCAUUACACAACACGUUCUGCUACUGUAUGUGUCUGCAGACUCUAUUCACCCAUUACACAACACGUUCUGCUACUGUAUGUGUCGUGUGUCUGCAGACUCUAUUCACCCAUUACACAACACGUUCUGCUACUGUAUGUGUCUGCAGACUCUAUUCACCCAUUACACAACACGUUCUGCUACUGUAUGUGUCUGCAGACUCUAUUCACCCAUUACACAGCACGUUCUGCUACUGUAUGUGUCUGCAGACUCUAUUCACCCAUUACACAGCACGUUCUGCUACUGUAUGUGUCUGCAGACUCUAUUCACCCAUUACACAACACGUUCUGCUACUGUAUGUGUCUGCAGACUCUAUUCACCCAUUACACACGAUAACACGUUAUGUAGUUUAAUCACCCAACCAACAUAUUUUGUAUAAAACUGUUUCCAACAGGAGAAACACUAUAGACUCUCGUACCAGACUCCCGUUCCAACCUAACACUAUAUACUCCUAUACAAGAUUCCUGUAUAUGUAAAUUGUUGGGCUCGUUGCAAUUACUCACGUCUUCUUAAGACUCACUUUGCUAUGAGACUCUAAAUUGAGCUCCAGUGCAUCCUGUUUCCAUUGAUCAUCCUUGAGAUGUUUCUACAACUUGAUUGGCGUCCACCUGUGGUAAAUUCAUUUGAUUGGACAUGAUUUGGAAAGGCACACACCUGUCUAUAUAAGGUGUUGUGUUGACAGUUGACAGUGCAUGUCAGAUCUAUAUAAGGUGUUGUGUGCUCACAGUUGACAAUGCAUGUCAGAUCAAAAACCAAACAAUGAGGUUGAAGGAAUUGUCUGUAGAGGUCUGAGACAGGACUGUGUCGAGGCACAGAUCUGGGGAAGGGUACCAAUACAUUUCUGCAGCGUAGAAGUUCAUUCUCCAUAGAGCUCAGAGACAGGAUCGUGCAGCAUUGACGGUCCCCAGUGGCCUCCCAGUGGAAGAAGUUUGGAACCACCAAGACUCUUCCUAGAGCUGGCCGUCCUGCCAAACUGAGCAAUCAGGGGAGAAAGGCCUUGGUCAGAGAGGUGACCAAGAACCCGAUGGUCACUCUGACAGAGCUCCAGAGUUCCUCUGUGGAGAUGGUUGUCCUUCUGGAAGGUUCUCCCAUCUCUGCAGCACUCCACCAAUCAGGCCUUUAUGGUAGAGUGGCCAGGUGGAAGCCACUCCUCAGUUAAAGGCAUAUGACAGCCCGCUUGGAGUUUGCCAAAAGGCACCUGAAGGACUCAGACCAUGAGAUUCAAGAUUCGGUGAAGCAUGGUGGUGGCAGUAUCAUGCCUGCCAGGAUUUUUUCAGCUGCACGGACUGGGAGACUCAUCAGGAUUGAGGGAAAGAUGAACAGAGAAAAGUACAGAGAUCCUUGAUGAUAACCUGCAUAGGACCUUAGACUAGGGCGAAGGUUCACCUUCCAACAGGACAACACAGCCAAGACCACGCAGGAGUGGCUUCUGGACAAGUUUCAAUGUCCUUGAGUGGCCCAGUCAGAGCCCAGACUUGAACCCACUCGAACAUCUCUGGAGAGACCUGAAAAUAGCUGUGCAGCAACACUACCCAUCUAACCUGACAGCGCUUGAGAGGAUCUGCAGAGAAGCAUGGGAGAAACUACCCAAAUACAGGUGUGACGGGCUUAUAGCGUCACACCCAAGAAGACUCAAGGCUGUAAUCGCUGCCGAAAGUGCAUCAAAGUAUUGCGUAAAGGGUCUGAAUACUUAAUCAGACAGGUUUUUUGCUGUCUGAUUUAUUAGGUAGUGUGUGUAGAUUCAGCAGGGGGGGUUCAUUCGUUUCAGAUUAAGGCUGUAAUGUAACAAUAUGGAAAAAGGGAAAGGGGUCUGAAUACUUUCCCAAUGCACUGUAUAUUAAUCUGUAUAUUAAUUUAUUUUGUAUUUUCUUUGUUAGAUAUAAGAUGGACCAGGAAAUCAGCUCCAAGUGAUUUUUAUUUUGGAACUCUGUAACCAAGCAUUUCCAUGUGAUCGUAUGCAAAUGUUAGUAAGGUUUGAUAUGAAAACAAUCAAAUAUCUGUUUGGGCUUCUUGCGAUCUAUUUGCAGUCUACAAAGUAUUUGGAAUUAUGUUCGGUCCCCCCCGACCUUCUGCGCAAGAAAUCAUUCCGCGUCUGGAUCUAGUUGAGGAUCCCUGCCACGGACGGUCCCGGUAGUUGAGGAUCCCUGCCACGGACGGUCCCGGUAGUUGAGGAUCCCUGCCACGGACGGUCCCGGUAGUUGAGGAUCCCUGCCACGGACGGUCCCGGUAGUUGAGGAUCCCUGCCACGGACGGUCCCGGUAGUUGAGGAUCCCUGCCACGGACGGUCCCGGUAGUUGAUGAUCCCUGCCACGGACGGUCCCGGUAGUUGAUGAUCCCUGCCACGGACGGUCCCGGUAGUUGAGGAUCCCUGCCACGGACGGUCCCGGUAGUUGAGGAUCCCUGCCACGGACGGUCCCGGUAGUUGAGGAUCCCUGCCACGGACGGUCCCGGUAGUUGAGGAUCCCUGCCACGGACGGUCCCGGUAGUUGAGGAUCCCUGCUAGAACUGAACCAUACAGUUAGGUGUAGAUUCUGUUUACUGAACCGUCUCUCUCCCUACAGACAGUCCUUAUAACUGAUCCGUAGUUAAAUUCAGUAGGUAUAUAUUCUGUUUAAUAUACUGUCUCUCCCUACAGACGGUCCUUAUGGUAUCUUUGCGGGCCGGGAUGCAUCGAGGGGUCUGGCCACGUUCUGUUUGGAGAAAGAUGCCUUGAGGGAGGACUAUGAUGACCUGUCAGACCUCAACGCUGUUCAGAUGGAGUCAGUCAGAGAGUGGGAGAGGCAGUUCAUGG